GUCAUCAAGCCGUCAGUUUCUGGGUGGGAGCUGCUCAUUUAUGGAGAAAUAACCACACCACACAGCUGUGAAUUCUACUUUUGUGAACCUUCAAAGACGAGCUGUGCUAUUAGAGUCGCUGUCAUCCGGUGCAGACUGCGUUAGAGGGAGAAACACUGCUAAUCUGCGUCGAUCUAGCACAGCUGGACCUUUUAGCACGGGAGCUAAGUGGGCUUUCCUGGUCCUGUCGGGUCCACACGGGACUGCAGAGGGAUGUCCUGCAGCCUGUUGGAGUUCUGUAGGCUCCAGGAGCUGAAGACCGUCCGGGACUUCUUGUUCCAGAGCCAGAAACCGGACCCGGCGGAGGAGAGGAGUCAGACAGAGAACGAGCUUACCUGGGACACCUCUGACUGGGAGUCGGCAUGGGAUAAUCAUGAAAACAAAGAUGAGGAAUCUUCCUCCACAGCACCGGUGGAAGAGGAGGUCACGGAGCAGAAUGGACCCUGGCUGCAGGACUGUGUUGUGUCGCUGUCUCCCUGCUCCGACCUGCUGGUGGUGGCUCGCGAACACAAGGCAGCGUUUCUCUCAGCUAAGUGGCGCACAGAUGACAGCGGCAGGGAGGAAAUGACUCUGGCGGUGUCUUGGACUGGAACCCUCAGCACUGAAGAGGGAGAGUGUGUGAUGAGCUCCAUCUGCAUUCCUCUGGCAAGCCAAAAGAGAAGCUCCACAGGGCGGCCUGACUGGACAUGUGUAGUGGUGGGGUUCACGUCCGGCUAUGUCCGCUUCUACACAGAGAGCGGCGUCCUCCUCCUGGCCCAGCUGCUGCAUGAGGACCCUGUGCUGAGGCUCAAGUGCCGGACUUAUGAGAUUCCUCGUCACCCUGGAGUGACUGAGCAGCCUGAAGAGCUGAGCAUCCUGUACCCUGCAGCUCUGGUCACCAUCGACGGCUUCAGUCUGUUUCAGUCUCUGCGUGCCUGCAGGAACCAGGUGGCAAGAGACCGUGCCACAAAGCGUUCAGCUGCAGCAGCAGGAAGCGAUGUGAUCCAGCCGCCUCCUCUGGCCUAUAAGAAAUGGGGCCUGCAGGAAAUGGACAACAUCGUGGACCACAGCAGUGUGGGCAUCAUGACACUGUGUGUUUUUGACCAAAUGAAGAAUGCGUCCGUCCUCGGGGGGUUCAAUGCUUCAGUCAAGGGCAGCCCUCCCGCCAUGAGCCAGUAUGUCACUGUAGGAGCCGGCCCGUUUACCGGCUUUUACUACGCUGUGGAGGGGAGCUCCCAGCCGCUCCUGUCUCACGUGGCCAUGGCUGUGGCCAGUAAACUCACCUCAGCCCUCUUCAGUGCAGCCAGUGUCUUCCCUUAUUUGCUCAUAUUUUUUUCGUAUGUUCCCUCCUCUUAUUGUGUCCUCCAUUGUUUUCCUCCCAGUGGAUGGUUGGGAUGGAAUAAGAACAAGAGCGAAGACGAGGCCCUUCAAAAACAGAAGCCCAAGGUGGAGCCUGCCACUCCGUUAGGGAUCAGAUUUGGUCUCCCAGACUCUCGGCGCCACGGCGAGUCGAUAUGCUUGUCUCCGUGCAACACGCUGGCCGGAGUGACGGACGACUUCGGUCGAGUCACGCUGCUGGACUUGGCGAGGGGCAUCGCCAUCCGCAUGUGGAAGGGUUACAGAGACGCUCAGCUGGGCUGGCUGCAGGUUCCAGAGGAGCGAGGAGAUCGAGAGUUCUCCCCCUCGGUGUCGCUCCCCAAGCGCCACGCUCUGUUCCUCGUCAUCUACGCCCCCCGCAGGGGAAUCCUGGAGGUGUGGGCCAUGCAGCAGGGCCCCCGGGUUGGAGCGUUCACUGUGGGAAAGCACUGCAGGCUGCUGUAUGCAGGCUACCGUCUGAUGGGGGUGAACAGUGUGACCAGUCAGGGCUGGCAGCUCCACACACAGCAGGUGUGUCUGCUGGAUCCCACCACCGGAGCGCUGAGGACCGUGAGCGUGCCCUUCCACCUCGCCCUCAGUGACAAGAAGUGUGAACGAGCCAAAGACAUGCACCUGAUGAAGAGGCUCACUGCCGUCCUGAAGAGCAGAGACGUGGAGCCCGAUGUUUUGGAGAAUGAAGCCCGAAGCAUCCUGCUGGAUAUCAAGCACCCCGCCAUUAAGAAGCAGGCUUUGGAGUCUCUGCUCUCAACCAAGAACGCUCCCGUCUCGUGUCUUAUGAAUAUCACCCGUGCCUUAAACGACACUUUAAAGCAACAAGAUCCUAACGGAGUGGACACUGCGCUAGUCCAGCUCUGCUCCUCUCAGCUCAAACUGCUUCAGCUCUACAGCGACAUCCAGCAGCUGCACUCCGCCGCAGAAACGCAGGACGAGCCUGAAAACGACUCUCUGGAAGGCAUGGCGGAUGAGUUGUCCCGCGUCGGACCCACGUUGCAGCGCUACGCCCAGCUCACCUCCAGACCCAGCGUCUCCUUCGCCCAGGACUCGCCCGACUCGCCGCUGCCGGCACAAGCUUUCCUCUCCCAGCUGGAGUGCACGGAGGACGGGGAGCUGAAGGUGAUUCGCCGGUCUGAAACGGAAUGGAACCAGCUAGGAAACUUUAUGUUCUGGGGAUGUCUGUGUGGGAAAAGCUCGCUGCAUAAAGUGUGUGACACACUACAACAGGCUGGCAUCAGUCCACAGCAGCUGCUGACGUUGUUGCUGAGCGUCUGGCUGCAAAGGGAGAAGGAGGUGCUGCAGAAACCAGAAGAAACCGUUAGAAAUUUACACUCACUACUCGUUGCUCUCAGCAACAUGAAAGGCGCAGUGGAGGAGUCUUGGGACCCGCAGUCUAUCUCCCCCUGGUGGCAGCAGGUUCGUUGCACGUGUAUCCAGUCCCACAACGCCGCCGCCGCGCUGCUGGCCGCCCUGGUCGCUCACCGUGCGGCGAAGGCCAGCAUCACCAGCCGGGCCGACAGCAAGCUGCAGUCAGAGUGGGAGGCCGUGUCUUUGGAGCUGGAGCAGUGGGUGGUGUGUGUCCGUCAGCUGGAGAACGUCCUGGUGCUGCAGACUCUCCUGUUGGUGCCUCCACCUCAGGGUGCAGCAGGGGGCGCUCCAGCCCAGUGCUCCAUCAAGGCUCUGCUUGAGGGAGGCACAGGAGGAAUCGCCGACAGCGUCUCCAAGUGGGUGUUCAGGCAAAACAUGAGCCCCGAGCGCCUGAAGGAAAUCCUGCAGACGAGAGAAGGCGAGGAAGCAGGGGACAGACAGGAGCAGAGAGGAGGAGGAGGAGGAGGAGGAGGAGAGGGGGAUGAGGAGAAGGAGAAGAGCCAGGACACCUCCGACAGAGCAGCAGAGCUGUUGGUGGCCGUGUGUCACAGAUUCCCACACUCCCUCUCUCCCGACCUGCUCUUCGCUCACUGCUGCUGGGAGUACGUGGUGCAGUGGAACAAAGACCCAGAGGAGGGUCGGCAUCUGCUGUGGGCCGUGGAGCAUUUAAAGCUGGUGUCCAGUCCUCAUAUACAGCUGGGUAUUUCCACAAUGAUGUGGAGCACCUUCAUAGUGAAGCGCUUCUCCGCAGCGGCCUUCCUCACCGAGAAGGUGGGGAAAGCACCCAAAGAUCGCUUAUGUCGACGGGACGUGGGGAUGGGGGACAAAGCCAUGACGUCGUUCCUGUGCUGCUGCGUCCAGCUGCUGCAGAUCCUCAUGGAGGUGACUGAAGUGUUGGUGGACUCCGCGGUGGAGGAGGUGGCGGCUCCGGAGCUGUCCGUGGAGGAGGCGUGGUCUGGAGCCGAAGGCCCCGCCUCCAUAGCGGAGCUGGCCCUGGAGCAGCGAGGCGUCCACUACCCCCUGGUCCAGCACCACUGCCUCUUAGCCACCCUGAUGCACGCCGCCAUGACCUUCAGCCUCAAGGUCAAACCGCUCAGCCUGUUUGACAGCAAGGGUAAGAACGCUUUCUUCAGAGACCUGACGACCAUCCAGCUGAUGCCCAGUGGAGACAUGGACCCCAGCCUGGUCUUACUACGUCAGGAGUUCCUCAUGCGGGUGCUCACGGGCUGGGUGCAGGCCAUAGAUGACCCGUCGGCGCCUGCGUCCGCUCCCCCCUCCACCGGACCCAGGGCCGACUGGUGGCCCUCGCUGUGCCUGGACCUGGGCCCCCUGCUGCAGGUCAACCCAGACAUCCUGCGGCGGCACCUCGUCUGCGAGCUCUACAACCAGGGCCUGGACCUGCGCGCCGAAGAGGUGAUGCUGGAGGUGGAGGAUAAGGACGUUCUGGGCUCGCAGCUCUUGGUGCUGACCGGACAGAGGCUGAGCUACUCCCUGCUGCACAGCCAGACUCAGACGCAGACCGCCAUGGAGCUGCUGGCCCGCCUGCCGCCCACGCUCUGCACGUGGCUCAAGGCCAUGGACCCCAGCGAGCUGCGCUGCCCCCUGGUCCCUCUGCGCCAGACCAGCCGGCUGGUGGGCCGCCUCAUCGAGAUGCUGCCGGAGAACCACGCGCAGUACAGCCUGGCCCUGCACCUGCUGGAGGCCGUGGACGUUCUCACCACCGAGGACUGACCUCCCCCCCCGACCCGUUUCCACCAACCCCGCACAAAGACGGCCGGCAAAGGGACAGAAGGAGAAGCAGCUCCCUGCUCUUCACCUCAUGUUAAUACUGAACUUUUAAUCCACCCAUUAAUUCUAGGAAGCAGAUCUUCAUCUUAACCUUAUUUUCCUAAUCUAUCGUAUUUUUCUGCAUGUAGCAUAAAUUAUAUUGAAAAUUUGCAGAUUAGGUUGUGCGACUGGUGUGUUUUGUCACUUCAGCCUCGGUUUAAACAUGGCGUGUCCGUUGUGCCAUAUCAAAGAGCCACUCAGACAUCUGACCCUCCUCUCCCCCCACAACAGGCAGGACGUGUGUCGUACAGAAAUAAAUAUGGACCUUUAUUUUUUAUUUAUACACGCUGAUCGUACUGUACUAGCUGUGCCUGUACACUCACCACUCUACUCUGUAGUUGUUGCGUCCGGCCGCUUCCUCUGGACACCACGCAGAAUAAAGAGGUUUCGCUUGAA